AUGCCACGUUUUCAAGGAAAAGUCGCCAUCAUCACCGGUAUAAAUAUUGACCUAAAUUCACCUGCAGGUUCCUCUUCUGGAAUUGGAUCAGCAACAGCUGUGUUGUUCGCAAAAGAAGGAGCUAAAGUGACUAUCACGGGAAGAAAACAGGAUGGACUUGAGGCCAUGCUUGAGGCUGGCGCUAAAGAAGGAGAUAUAAACGUCGUAGUUGCGGACGUGGUUGAUGCAGUUGGAAGAGAAGAAGUUAUCUCAAGCACAAUCAAAAAAUUCGGGCAAUUAGAUAUCUUAGUAAGUAACAACUUUUAUUUAGAGUAUAUAUUUAUGGAAGUUCUGCCGAUUUAUUUGCUUCGGGUCUCAGGAAAAAAAUGUAAUGCGAAAAAUGUACACGGAAUUCUUGUUGUCAUCGUUAAUUUCAGAAAUGUCGGGUUAUAA